GGAAAAUAACACAGCUGCCGGUUAGCUAGUUAGCAUUAGCAUGGGGCUAGUAGCUGCUUGCGGUGUGACUCCGCUAACACGGCUUCUCGUCACAAAAUGUACCUCAGCGCUGUGUGUGGUGUAGCGACGUGUGGUUUAGGGUUUAACACGAAUGAGUUGAACAGGACAGUGAAGGAAUAACUCUGCUAACGCCAGGUAGAUAGGAGCAUGGCGCCCCGCUUACAGCUGGAGAAAGCGGCGUGGCGUUGGGUGGAAUCGGUGAAACCAGAAGAAAUCAGAUGGGAACACAUCGAGUUAGCAUAUCGAGUGAACCUCCCGGCCUGCAAGAGAGGAGCCUGCAGAAGGAACUGCAAAGGGAAUCCCAGCUGUCUUGUGGGUAUCGGUGAACAGGCAUGGCUCGGGGAGAUCGAUGAAAAUGCUUUCCACAACAUCGAUGACCCGAAUUCAGAGCGUCGAGACAUGAACACAUUCGUUGGCCUGACCAACCUGGGUGCUACAUGUUACGUUAACACAUUCCUGCAAGUGUGGUUCCACAACCUGGAGCUGCGUAGGAGCCUCUAUCAGUGCCACAACUCCAGAGCCCAGGAACACAACUCUGAAUCAGAUUACGAGCCUCAGUCCAUCAGUGAGCACCUGCAGUAUCUGUUUGCACUCCUGCAGAACAGCAACAGAAAGUACAUCGACCCUUCAGGGCUGGUCAAAGCGCUGGGCCUGGACACGGGACAGCAGCAGGAUGCCCAGGAGUUUUCAAAGCUCUUCAUGUCUCUGCUGGAGGACACACUGUCCAAGCAGAAGAGCCCCAGCCUGCAGAACGUCAUCCAGCAGCAGUUCUGUGGACAGUUCUCCUAUGUCACUGUCUGUAACCAGUGUGGACGAUCAUCUGCGUUGCUCUCCCGAUUCUACGAGCUGGAGCUGAACAUCCAGGGUCACAAGAACCUCAACGAGUGUGUCACAGAGUUCCUGAAGGAGGAGAAGCUGGAAGGAGAGAACCGAUACUUCUGUGAGAACUGUCAGAGUAAACAAAACGCCACCCGGAGGAUCAGACUGCACAACCUCCCUCCAACAAUCAACCUGCAGCUCAUGCGCUUCGUCUUCGACAGACAAACGGGCCACAAGAAGAAGCUCAACACCUUUAUCAGUUUUCCUGAGCAGCUGGACAUGGGGCCUUUCAUGGAAGGACUACAAGGCCAGAACUUUGUUUACGAGCUGAGUGCGGUGCUGAUCCACCGGGGCAUCAGUGCCUACUCGGGCCACUAUAUCGCACAUGUGAAGGACGCGCGCACCGGCGACUGGUACAAAUUCAACGACGAGGAAAUCGAGAAGAUGGAAGGCAAGAAGCUUCAGCUUGGCAUUGAGGAGGACAUCGCUGAGACAGUAAAAUCCCAAACGCGAAAGCCAAAGUGCAGUAAAGGCUACCACUGCUCCAGAAAUGCCUACAUGCUGGUGUAUAAGAUCCAAGAAGAGGAGAGCUCAGAAACCCCAAGGACCAACGUCGAGGUGCCAACCUUCCUUCAGAGGUUGGUGGACCAAGACAACCGUAAAUUUGACGAGUGGUGCAACGAGAUGGCCGACAUGAGAAAACAGAGCGUGGACAAAGGCAAAGCCAAGCAUGAGGAGGUGAAGGAGCUGUACGAGCUUUUACCUGCAAGAGACGGUGAGCCCUAUGAAUUUAUCCCCCUCGACUGGUUGAAGAAGUGGCUGGACGACUCCACCGCCACAAAAGAGAUCGACACCACGUUGUUCUUGUGCUCUCACGGGAAGCUGCACCCAGACAAGGUCGGAGACACCAAGAGGGUUUCCAUGCAAGCCGCACAGCUUCUCUACGAGCGCUACGGUGGAGGUCCGAGACUGGACGGUUCUUCUCUGUGCAGAGAGUGUGUUAGUCAGCGAUGCCGAGUGCUGCGGCUAAAGAACCAGCUCAAUGAAGACUUCAAGGAGGUUUCCAACCUGGUCAAACGAACACUCAGCGAUGAUGGCUUCUGGGUAGGUAAAGCGUCCCUGCGUAGCUGGAGGCAGUUGGCUUUGGAUCAGCUGGAGGAGGACGAGCAGGAAACCAAACACAGCAAUGGGCAGACCAACGGGCAGGGACCACACACCAAUAACAGCAAAGAGUUCGGCUCGGAGCUCUCGGAGGGCAACGAUGAGGACAUGAAGACUUUCAAUGAAGACAUCGUCUGCACUCACGGUGGUCUGAGUAUCCUUGAGACCGAACGUAAGCUGGUGUCAUCUGAAGUGUGGACUAAACUGAGGGAGUACUUCCCCAAAGCCUCAGAAUUUACCAAGGACCAGGAGCCCUGUGAGCAGUGCGUGACGUUGGAGCAGGAAGAAAAGGACAACGAGGCGGUCAGUAAGAUGAUGGCCCUGGACCAGAAGAACCAACUGCUCAACCUCUUCCAUGAGAAGAACCGGCCAGUGCUCUCAAAGUGGCCUCAGGGCACAGAUGUACUUUACAUAGUUCCUCUUUUCUUCGUGGAUGAGUGGAGAAAAUUCAUCAGGAGGCCUACUAAAUGCUCUCCAGUGUCUAACGUAGGCAACACUCUGCUGCUCUGUCCCCACGGAGGCUUCAUGUUUACCUAUGACUCUUUGAUCAACGGAGACGCUCAACAUAUAGCUCUGCUUUGGCCGAGCGAAUGGGAAGUGAUCAGCAGGCUCUUCAUGGUGGACCAGUCGAUCUCCAUCCACUGCUUCAACCAGACCACAGACAGCGGACCCUCCACUCAGUACACGACUCAGCCUGAUCUGUGUUGGGAGUGCAGAGAGAGCUUCCUUUUCCAGCAGCAGCGAGACCUCCGAGAGUACACCCAGGCCACCAUCUACAUCCGCAAAGUGAUCGAAGACAAGAGGAUGAUCAAAGAUGCGCCUCCAGAGAUGAACGCCAGCAGCUCUGAGGCAGAGGAGGAGAGGGAAGAACAUCCAAAGCCGGACGGAGAGAGAGACCCAGACUUCAGCCAGUCCUCGGAAGACGGUACAAAGCGGCUGAAGCUGAGUGACGGCACUGCAGCAUCGGCGUCCGCUAUCCCGACGACAAACAUGACCAAAGUGGGAGGAAUCAGAAGAAGCACCCGGCACAGGAAACUCAGAGGAGAGAAAGCACUGAUUGUUUCAGCCAAUCAAACUCUUAAAGAGCUGAAAAUACAGAUUAUGCACGCCUUCUCCGUGGCUCCAUUCGACCAGAAUCUCUCCAUUGAUGGAAAAAGUCUGACGGACGACUCGGCCACACUGGGCAGUCUAGGCGUGAUCCCCGAGAGCAUCAUCUGUCUAAAGGCUGAUGAACCGAUAGCAGAUUAUGCUGCGAUGGAUGAUGUCUAUCAGGUGAGAAUGCCUGAAGAGGGAUUUAAAGGAACGGGUCUUCUCGGGCACUGAGGGAAGCCGUGCUGUAGCAAUGCUUGAGCUUAGUCAGACGACGGGGGUUGGGAAUUUUUAAGAAAAAAAAGCUUGAAUUUGUCAAGUGUCCAUAUAUAAAUAAGUGCUUUAAUUUUUUUUAUUUUUACGUUCUGAGUAGGCUUUCUUUAAUAAAACUGUGACUCUGUUGCAAAGCCGCUGUUUUUCUCUCCAUAAGGUGAGCUGGCCUUUGAUAUUUAAACUUCCUAAUCAUUCUGAGGGGCUGCGUUGUAGUUCUUCUUCUGCCUGACUCAUGGGGUAGGAGGCCGUGUGAGAAAAGUGGAUCUGUCGUUAACUGCCUUCAGUGACGCUAAUCAAGAACCUACGCUUUGUUUUUUUUCCGCCUCUUUUAAAUUAUGACAGGAGAAAAUAACGACACGAUGCUCUCUCUCUCCUUCCAUCAUGUGGAAGCUUUUUUUUGUCUCUGCACAGAUUUCAGGUUUGUCAAAAGAAUGCACGAGUAACUAUAUUACAAAUAUAACUGCUCUUAAAUGUUAGAACAUGUAUUACCUCUACAGCAAGUCUAUAUCCAUAUUCCCUGUGGCAUUUAGAGAUACAUAGCUACACAGUAUGUUCGGAAGCUGAUUCCUGCAGGAGUCUCAGCCGUGCAAACCUCAAAGAGUUGGAAGUGGGAAACAGAGUGCAGACGGUGGUAUGUCCUGUUCUUUUCACUGUUAUUUCUUAUGGACAAUAAAGUUAUUUUCAAAGCA